AUGAUCGGCUUCCUGUCCUUCCUUCUUAUACUACAGGUCAUGAUGAUCAUAUGGUCCGUGUCUAUCGCCAGGGUAGCCAUUCGCGUUCUUAAGGGCAACAGCGCGGAGGAUAUUAGGAGUGAUGACGAAGAAGAAGAGGAAGCUGAUGGAGAAGAGCUUGAGCGCGAGAUCCAGCCACUCGAAGAAGAGGUCGGCGUCGAAGCCAUCGACUUGAAGGGGUGGGCGCGUCGGACUGGCAUUGGGGGAGUAUCAACUUCAAGCAGCGUCAUGGAGGAAGAGGGCCACCGCCUCACGGCAUGCGUAGAGGAUGCCCGGGUGGAUGCAGAUAUAGACGCAGAUGUGCAAAGCGUCCAGGCGAUUGACUAA